CCCCUUAGGUGAGUGGAAUCAAGAGUCUCUAUGAGUCUGAACUGGCUGACGCUCGAAGAGUCCUGGAUGAAACCGCCAAAGAGAGGGCUAGAUUACAGAUUGAAAUAGGAAAACUGAGGGCAGAACUCGAGGAGUUCAAUAAAAGCUACAAGAAGAAAGAUGCAGAUUUGUCUGUGGCUCAGGGUCGCAUUAAGGAUCUUGAAGUGCUGUUCCACAGAAGUGAAGCAGAACUCAAUACUGUCCUGAACGAGAAGCGCAGUCUGGAAGCAGAGGUGGCCGACUUGCGUGCCCAGCUUGCUAAGGCUGAAGAUGGUCAUGCUGUGGCUAAGAAGCAGUUGGAGAAGGAGACGCUCAUGCGUGUGGACCUGGAGAAUCGGUGCCAGAGCUUGCAAGAGGAUCUGGAUUUCAGGAAGAAUGUCUUUGAGGAGGAAAUAAAGGAAACAAGAAAACGACAUGAACAUCGUUUAGUUGAGGUGGACACUAGUCGCCAACAGGAGUAUGAAUCCAAAAUGGCUCAGGCCCUGGAAGAUCUGCGAAAUCAACAUGAGGAACAAGUCAAACUGUACAAAAUGGAGCUCGAACAGACCUAUCAAGCCAAGCUGGAGAAUGCCAAACUGUCCUCUGACCAAAACGACAAAGCUGCUGGUGCAGCUCGAGAGGAGCUGAAGGAGGCUCGCAUGAGAAUAGAAGCUCUCAGCUACCAGCUUUCUGGCCUUCAGAAACAGGCUAGUGCAGCAGAAGAUCGCAUUCGUGAGUUGGAAGAAAUGAUGGCUGGUGAGCGAGAAAAGUUCAGGAAGAUGCUAGAUGCAAAGGAGAGGGAAAUGACAGAAAUGAGGGACCAGAUGCAGCAGCAGCUUACGGAGUACCAGGAACUGCUCGAUGUUAAAUUAGCACUGGACAUGGAGAUCAGUGCUUACCGAAAACUCCUGGAAGGAGAAGAGGAAAGGUUGAAGCUCUCUCCAAGUCCCUCCUCCCGCGUUACAGUCUCUCGGGCUACCUCCAGCAGCAGCAGCAGCAGCACUUCACUCAUUCGCUCUUCCCGAGGCAAGAGAAAACGGAUCGAAGCGGAGGAGCUUUCAGGCAGCGGAACAAGUGGAAUUGGCACUGGAAGUAUUAGUGGCAGCAGUAGUAGCAGUAGCUUCCAAAUGUCCCAGCAAGCUUCGGCUACAGGAAGUAUCAGCAUAGAGGAGAUAGACCUGGAGGGCAAAUACGUUCAACUGAAGAACAACUCGGAGAAGGAUCAGUCUUUGGGUAACUGGAGACUGAAAAGACAAAUUGGAGAUGGAGAAGAAAUUGCUUACAAAUUUACUCCGAAGUAUGUCCUCAGAGCUGGGCAGACCGUAACAAUUUGGGGUGCAGAUGCAGGCAUAUCUCAUAGCCCCCCUUCUGUUCUCGUGUGGAAGAAUCAAGGCAGCUGGGGCACCGGAGGAAAUAUCCGCACAUACCUUGUGAACUCCGAAGGAGAGGAAGUUGCAGUGAGAAGCGUUACUAAAUCAGUAGUCGUGCGAGAGAACGAAGAGGAAGAGGAUGAAGCAGAAUUUGGAGAGGAAGACCUUUUCAACCAACAGGGGGAUCCCAGAACAACUUCUAGAGGAUGCUCAGUGAUGUGAAGAAAGAAAAAAGAAACUAUUACUUGCUAUUUUUUUCAUUUAUUUCCUUUUAUUUUUGCUAAUUUUUUCCCUCCAGAGCCACUGAAAACUAUUUUUAUAUGCAUCAUCUGAUUUCUUUGAAGUUUACUCCUUGGUACAUUUUUAUAAAAAAAUUCAAAAAAAA